UUAGGAUAUAUGGAAGAAACAAAAGAGAAAGAAUUUGGCAACCUGAUUAGAGGUAAAAAGGUAGCGAAGGAAGUCCAGGAUGGCCUCAAGGCCGAGCUUGAGGAACUCCAAACUAAAUCACCGAAAGUCACUCCAAAGCCAGGCUUUGGAUAUAUUAUUGUAGGAGAGAGGCCAGAUUCGUCACUCUAUGUCAAGAUGAAGAUUAAAGCUUGUGAAGAGAUUGGAAUUCAAGUAAAAGGUGACAAUUUUCCGGUGGAUGCUACUGAAGAAGAAGUUAUUACUAAAGUGCAAGAGCUUAACGAUGAUCCUGAAAUUCAUGGAAUCCUUGUCCAAUUACCUCUUCCAGAUCAUAUAGAUGAGGACAAGGUCCUCAGCAUAAUCAGCAAAGAGAAAGAUGUUGAUGGGCUACACCCAGCAAAUGUGGCUGACCUUGUGAUGAGAGGAAAAUCUCCUAGAUUUGUCGCCUGAACACCUUUCGGAUGCUUGCAUUUAAUCAAGACUGUUUGUCCUGAUCUCAGUGGCCUUAGAGCAGCUGUGAUAGGAAGAAGCAACAUCGUUGGACUUCCAAUGUUUAGUCUACUUCAGGAUGCAAAUGCUACUGUGACUCUUUGCCAUUCAAGGACAAAAGAUAUUGAGAGCAUUCUUAAAGAAUGAGAUAUCGUAGUCGCUGCAAUUGGCAAACCUCAAUUUGUCAAAGGAGAAUGGCUUAAACCUGGAUGUAUCGUCAUCGACGUCGGGAUCCACUCCAUAGAGGACAAGACGAAGAAGUCAGGUACAAGAUUGGUAGGUGAUGUAGACACUGCCUCUGCCAAAACUGUUGCUAAGUACAUCACCCCUGUCCCUGGAGGUGUCGGCCCCAUGACAAUUGCAAUGCUUAUGAACAAUAUAGUGAAAUCUUGGAAAAUUGAAAAUUUUGAUGAAUAA